AUGGGACCAAUCAACCAAAGGCCGAUGGACACAACGGCUGAUCCCAAACAUCGCACCUUGGAUCGGAAGGAAGCACGGAGAAGUAGAUUAUCACCUCAACAACUCCUGACCGGACAUGGGUGCUUUAGAAAGUACCUGCACCGCACCCACAAUGACAUCAGUGAUGCCUGCCCGGUCUGCUCUCCCGUUGAUGAAGACGCAGAGCACGUCUUCUUUAACUGCCCAAGAUUCAAUGAAGGAAGAGUGGAAUUGUCCCUCGUUCUCGGUGAGGCUGCUACAACGGAUAAUGUUGUGGAGACUAUGAUUCGAAUGGAAGUGAACUGGCUCGCGGUCGCGACUUUUGCUAAGAAAGUCAUAUCAAGACUGAGGGAGGAGGAACGAUCGAGACGUCCCCUACAGCCAAUCUAG